GGUGGUGGCAGCGUGCAAUCCAAGCGAGCGCGUGUGUUUUUGUAUUCGCGUUGCGAUGCACCGUGAUUCGGUAUCGAAGGGCCGGUGGGAAGGGGGCAAUAUGGCGGUUGCCGUGCAGACGAGCGAAUGCGCUGUCGAGGUGCACCGCGCGCGUUUACCGACGACAACGGCAACGUGAGAUGGCCCGGCCCGGACGUGCAGUAGUAACGUCCGUUGCACGGAACUUGUAGCUCGCACGUUGUCGUCGAAGCAUCAUUGGCGAUGCUCGUCUGACGCGAGCCGCGUUCCUCGAUUCGCUCAACCGGGUUGAAAAAAAUUGAGCUUGCCGCUUGCACGCUUGCCCGUUGGCUCGUCUCGAGUUGCCGUUUCUCGUUGGUAGUUUAGCAAUAGUGCAUCUUUGUGUCCUCAUUAAGGCAUUGUCUCAAACGUCCCAGGAGCAUCGCUCAUCGUGACGAGACACGCGCGCAAAGCCUCGCGGUAUUCCGUUUGUCAUGGCGAAUCUAUGAAAGUGGAGAAAGAUCUACGAAACUUGUCUCGUUGUUUUAUAUUCGACGGAUCGAAAUGAUCAGCGUGCUUAAAUAGAUGCUGCAGAUAUCUUUGGCUCAAAUUUCAUUGCCAAGUUAUUACGUACAUACACAUGUGCAACCAAAAAGUAUGAUGAUGGAGUGAGCGAUGAUACCAGUGGCAGUGAUUUCGAUGAUGAGGAAGACCCUGAUAAAAUUGAAGUACCUGGUGGAGGUAAAGAUCUUGCAACUGCUGCCGGAAUUGCAAGUAUCAAAGAUGAGAAACAGAAUAUGGAUCUACCAGUGAGUCCUUUGGACAAAACACAAGGGGCAUUAAGUGCGUUAAAUCAAAAAUUUGGAAAUAAAAUUCCUGGUGGUUUAGUGACAAAGACUGCAGCACCAGGUUAUGAAAUGGUGCGUGUUGGUGGCUCUCAGGGUGCUGCUCCAGGUUUCGUUAAUGCGAACCAAUUUAAUCAGUUGAGUCAGUUGGCAGCUAGUGGAUAUGGUUUUCCACCGGGACUGGCUACUCUCACGGGAUUCAAUCCUGCUGCUUUCCUUCAGUCGAGCAUGGACAUGAAUGCUUUGAUGGGUAGCUUUAUGGGUAUGCCUGGAAUGAACAUGGGAGUUAAUCCUUUCCUUCAAUUUCUUAAUCAAAGCGGGAUUCAUCCCAAUUGGUCAGGGCUUUCAGGAAAGACCGUGUCACAGAUGUGGAUGAAUUCCGGCGAUCCGACGAAACUGAUGCAGCCAAAUGUACCGGAGGAAGAAGAGGUUGACGACGAAGAUAUGGGUGUCGCCGAGACUUAUGCCGAUUACAUGCCAACAAAGCUCAAGCUUGGACGGAAGCAUCCGGAUCCCGUUGUCGAAACGGCGUCCUUAUCGAGCGUCGAGCCGACGGACGUUUGGUACAAGGUCUCCAUCCCGGAGGAAACGAUACGAUCCGGCGCGCUCUCUGCGCUCCAACUCGAGUCUAUCACGUACGCGUCCCAGCAGCACGAGCAUCUGCUGCCCGACGAUACACGGGCUGGUUUUCUGAUCGGCGACGGUGCAGGUGUCGGCAAGGGUAGAACUAUCGCCGGCAUAAUAUUCGAAAAUUACUUGAAAGGUCGGAAACGUGCCAUCUGGGUGUCCGUGUCGAAUGAUCUCAAGUACGAUGCCGAGCGUGAUUUGAAGGAUAUAGGUGCAGGCAAGAUCGACGUACACGCGUUGAACAAAUUCAAGUAUGCAAAAAUUUCGUCGGCGGUAAACGGCAACGUGAAGAAAGGCGUCAUCUUCAGCACGUAUUCCGCGUUAAUUGGCGAAUCGUCGCAGAGCGGGGGGAAAUAUAAGAGCCGAUUAAAGCAGUUGUUGCAGUGGUGCGGUGAAGAUUUCGAUGGUCUGAUAAUCUUCGACGAGUGUCACCGGGCGAAAAAUCUCUGCCCUACCGGUAGCUCAAAACCUACGAAAACAGGCUUAACCGUCUUGGAGCUGCAAAACAAGCUUCCGAAAGCUAGAGUCGUAUAUGCCAGUGCGACUGGUGCUUCCGAACCCCGUAAUAUGGCCUACAUGGUGCGGCUGGGCAUGUGGGGCGAGGGCACGCCUUUCCCCGAGUUCACCGACUUCAUCACCGCAGUGGAGAAACGCGGUGUCGGCGCGAUGGAGAUUGUAGCUAUGGACAUGAAGCUGCGCGGUAUGUACAUCGCACGACAAUUGAGCUUCCACGGCGUGGCCUUUAAGAUCGAGGAGGUGCCCCUUUCCAAGGACUUUACCAAAGUUUACGAUCACUCGGUGCGAUUGUGGGUGCAAGCGAUGCAGAGGUUCCAAGAAGCGGCGGAGUUGAUUGACGCGGAGAAUCGCAUGAAGAAAACCAUGUGGGGUCAGUUUUGGUCCUCGCAUCAACGUUUCUUCAAGUAUCUCUGCAUUGCCGCGAAAGUGAAACACGCGGUGGCGGUGGCUCGCGAAGCGGUCAAAUGCGGCAAAUGCGUGGUGAUAGGCCUUCAGUCUACCGGCGAAGCGCGCACUUUGGAGCAGUUGGAGCGCGACGAUGGCGAACUCAGCGAUUUUGUUUCCACCGCAAAGGGCGUCUUGCAGACACUGGUGGAGAAACACUUUCCAGCACCGGAUCGUAAUCGUAUCCAACGUCUUCUCGGUUUGGAACCACCAAAGCUCAGAUUAGACGAUGACGAUUACAUGGAUGGUGCUGGCGGUUCCGCGGGAGGUAGCAAAAGGAAGCCGAUCCGCCAGGCGGCACAACGUGCAACGAAAAAAGUGCGCGCUUGGUCAUCGGAGGAGGAGAUAUCGGACGAAGAGAGAAACUGCGCCCACAGCUCUGGCUCGGAAUUCAAAUUGACCGGUAGCGAGAGCGAGGACGAGCAACACACCGACGAGGAGAGCAACGUCAGUUCCGACUUCAAUCCGUUCUUCAGCGACAGUGACUCCGACGCCGAUCCUUGGGACCGACGAAAGAAAAAGGGAAGCAAAAAGCAGAAGAAACCGCAGAAGAAACGGUUGAGCACGCAGGAUAAGAUCCAAUCGAUGCUCGUGGAGAAACAGUCCAGUAACAGGAAUAAACGUAAUGGCGACACGGGAAUCAGCGGUCCUAUGGGCGUCAUAAGUGGUAGCGUGCCCCGUAGCCAGGCACCGCCCAGAGACGCGAUCGAGAGAGCUUGCAGCAUGAAGGAGGAGCUGUUGUCGCAGAUAGAGACUCUUGGCGAACGAUUACCGCCAAACACGCUGGAUCAACUGAUAGACGAGCUCGGCGGGCCGGAAAAUGUCGCGGAGAUGACGGGUAGGAAAGGUCGUGUCGUGCAAACGGAAGACGGUGCAAUACAAUACGAAUCCAGGUCAGAGGUGGACGUUCCUUUGGAGACGUUGAAUUUGACGGAGAAACAGAGGUUUAUGGACGGAGAGAAAACCGUAGCGAUUAUCUCUGAAGCAGCCAGCAGCGGCAUAUCGUUACAGAGCGACAGGCGAGCGAGGAAUCAAAUGCGACGUGUGCAUAUCACGCUCGAGUUGCCGUGGAGCGCGGACAGAGCGAUACAGCAGUUCGGACGAACGCAUCGAUCUAACCAAGUCAAUGCACCGGAGUACAUAUUCCUCAUAUCAGACUUGGCCGGAGAGAGGCGCUUCGCCUCGAUCGUUGCGAAGCGUCUGGAGAGCCUAGGUGCGCUGACGCACGGCGAUCGUCGUGCGACGGAGACUCGAGAUCUCUCGCAAUUCAAUAUCGACAACAAGUAUGGCCGUACGGCUCUGGAAGCGACGAUGAAAGCUAUAAUGGGGUACGAACCACCAUUGGUACCACCGCCGCAAGACUAUCACGGUGAUUUCUUCAAGGACGUGGCUGAUGCGUUAGUGGGCGUCGGUUUAAUUUGCAACAGCGAGAACGCGCCCGGCGUGCUCACCCUCGACAAAGACUACAAUAACAUGUCCAAGUUCCUGAAUCGCAUCCUCGGUAUGCCGGUGGACCUGCAGAAUCGUCUGUUUAAAUAUUUCACCGACACGCUGAACGCCAUUAUCGGCCAGGCCAAGAAGACCGGCCGUUUCGACAUGGGUAUUCUCGAUCUCGGCACAUCGGGCGAGAACGUCCGUCGGGUAAGAUUGUUCCGAUUUCUGCGGAAACACGCGACCGGCAAGGCACCAACGGAGCUGCACGUGGUUCAUGUCGAGCGCGGAAUGAGCUGGUCCGAAGCCACGGACAAGUGCUCGGAACUGAUUGCGCCCAAAGAGGGCUUCUACUUGAGCCAUCAGAUCCGUAACGGCAAGCAGACCGCCAUUCUCGCAAUGAUGGUGGAGGGCGGCAAGAAGAAAACCGAGAGCAAGAAGGAUCAACUGUAUAUGGUGCACAGGCCCAAUACGGGACUGCAGCUGCGACAGGAGACUCUAGGUGAACUGGAGAAAAAAUACAAGAAAGUGAGCACGGACGAGGCUGAACCGCACUGGACGCAGCAAUACGAGGCUUCUGUAGACACGUGUUCGCACGCGUACUGGAGCGGCAACUGCAAAAACGCCAAUAUUGGCAUGGAUUGCGAGGUGGGGCUAAGAAGACGUUCCUAUAAUGUGUUAGCUGGUUCGGUUCUGAGCGUUUGGAGCCGCGUGGAAAAUGUGCUCGCCGCACGAUCCGGGCACAAUUCCAAGAUGCAAGUUGUACGACUACGGACGGAUGAAGGACUGAAGAUUGUCGGAACACUUAUCCCGAAAUCUUGUAUGGAGCCGUUGCGCCAAGCGCUUUCUUCCGACGCGGAAAACACGGAGGAACUGACGUUUUGAAAGUAGAAUCGUAUCCAGGGUGAGACACAUUGAGUGAUUUGCACAAGAUCAAUAAAUGCAAUUGUCUCGCGCGACAAAGUGCGGAAACUUUUCGUAAAUCAUCCGCUCAAUUCGAGUUGUAACGGAAACGUCUGUUUGACAUCUAUU